AAUGUAUUAACAAUUUAACAUCCAGACCCAGACGGGCAUGAAUUUUAAUCAAAACAGACUCGUAUCAGAUUAACCGUAAAUUUUGCGACCAGCUAAACCCAAGAGCCAGAGUUGUAUUCGAGGGGGUGUUGAUCAUUUUGAUACGAGUAGUGUGUGUUCAAGUCGUUGAAGCAUGAGUACGGGGACCGAAAAUGAACCGGCGAAGCUGCUACUGCCCUAUUUACAACGCGCCGAUGAGCUGCAGAAGCACGAUCCUCUCGUCGCCUAUUACUGUCGAUUGUAUGCCAUGGAAAGAGGCUUGAAGAUUCCGCAAACUGACCGUACUAAGACCACUAAUUCUCUCCUUGUUUCUCUUAUCAAACAACUUGAAAAGGAUAAGAAGUCGCUUGAGUUGACACCAGAUGACAGUUUACACAUUGAGGGAUUUGCCUUGAAUGUGUUUGCUAAAGCAGACAAGCAAGAUCGGGCAGGCCGGGCUGAUAAGAGUACUGCAAAGACCUUCUAUGCUGCAAGUAUCUUCUUUGAAAUUCUUAAUCAGUUUGGGCCGCUUCAACCUGAUCUUGAACAGAAACAAAAAUAUGCAGCAUGGAAAGCUGCAGAUAUAAGCAAAGCUCUAAAAGAAGGAAGGGCUCCUGUCCCAGGCCCUCCCGGGGGUGAUAAUGAUCUAUAUAGCCCGAAUACUGAACCAAGCAAUACCGAUCCGGUUAUGAAAUCUGCAAAUACUGAUCUGGGUAUGAACUCUGCACCAGAAUAUAAUUCAUCAACUCAGUCUUAUGAUAGAGUUGAUCCCCAACAGUCCUCAACUACUGCUCCAUUACCUCCCUCAAACAUUUUAACACCACCUCCCUCCAACCCUACUCCAUCUCCUUAUCCCUCGAACAAUUUUCAAUCCCAUAGUUUUCAUCAGCCUCCAGCCAAUGAUUAUACAUCACAUAAUUUCCACCAGCCUCCCCUAGACGAUGAUUAUCCAUCCCAUAAUUCCCAUCAACCACCAAGCCUAAUCAGCAGAUCAGAAAAUAAUACUUACGCUCAACCAUAUCAACAGCAGCCAUUUCCUCAAGAACCUCAACAGCAUUUGCCACACUACCAAUCUCAUGACACUUCUUAUACAUAUCCAAACUUUCAGACUUAUCCAAGUUUUACAGAGAGCAGUCUUCCUGCUGCUCCUUCUCAUCACCCUUCUUACCAUCAAGGCCCGGAUACUUCUUACAACAUUACAUCAGCUUCUGAUGCAUCGAACUACCCUUCAACAGCGCAGCAGAGCUCAAAUGGUAGAAAUGGAACCAAUUUAGACCCUGCUCGUGCUUCUGUCCAAGAAUUUGUAUAUGAUAGCAAUUAUCAGCCUCCACCUGAAAAAAUUGCAGAGGCACAUAAGGCAGCGAGGUUUGCAGUGGGUGCACUGGCAUUUGAUGAUGUCUCGAUUGCUGUUGACUACCUAAAGAAAUCACUAGAACUUUUGACGAAACCAUCAGGAGGUCAGUGAGUUGUGUUGCAGGAAUUCCAGAGCUGGAUGGAUAUGUUUUGCCGGAUUUUGUUCUACUUGAUGUGCCUCAGUUGUAAAGUUUGUAAGUCGAAGUCGGGAGGGUGCUACUUGCAGCUUAGAAUUACGAAAUUACUUUGUUUGGUUCAAUACUGAUUGGAAACUUUGUUGCUGUUAAAACUUGGUUUUCUUUUGCUACAGAUUGGAACAUAUGAAAAUCUUUCAAAGCAUUUAUGUUUGAUGACGAAUAAUUGCCUAAACUUUUGUACCACUUUUUUUCUUCA